AUGGAAGGAAAACAAUCACAAGUUUUAAGAUUAUUUGGGGUCAAUAUCGAUAUUGUCCCAUUAAGCUCAGCCGAAAUUUGUACCACUCCCGCAUAUUCGGCAGCACCUGAUAAUAGUGAUAGUGAUGAUAGUGAAAGUGAUAGUAAUAAUAAUAUGCCUGUUGUCGAAAGGCAACCAGCAAGGAGAGAAAGAAGGCCAAGACCUAGUACAGAAAAUCUUCUUUUGGCGGAUUCGGAACCUCCAAAUAUUCCGAAUGAGCUCCUUCAAGAAGUACAUCGUUUAGGUGGAGGUGAUGAUCCGCCAAAACUAGUCAUCCAAAAAUAUGUCUAUUACUCUGAUGUCGCUACAAAUCAAGCACGAUUUCAGAUUUCUAGGACAAAAAUACAGGGGAAAGGGAUCCUCACCGCGGAGGAAGAAAAUCAAGUUUUUAAUGGCUGUGGAAAAAUGGACGACGUGACUGUUUUACUACAAACAAGAGAUAUCGAGACCAUGAGUUUGAGUUUGAGAAGGUGGCCUCUUCCUCAGCAACUGAAUCCGACGAAUAAAUGGAAUUGUGUGCUGCAAAGCCGUUGGAAUGAGGUGGUCGAGAAAAUUAGCCUCGAAGAAGGAAAUUAUCUUCAAGUAUGGGCUUUUAGACAUGGUCAACAGAGAAAGCUUGGUUUUAUUUUGGUCAAACUUACCAAGGAGCAACUCACUCAAGCACAUUAG